UUUUGUUGUUGUUGUGGCGGGAGGCAGAAAUACUUUACUCUUGUUAUCCCACAGUUUAUGAAAAUGAAAACACUGAUCACACCUGACUCCAUCAAACGAGGCACAUAUAGUUGUUUGCUUUUGUUUUAUUGGAUUUUGUUUUAGGUUCACAUUUUAAGCGAGAAGCUGGACUUCAGUCGUGUUCAGUCAAAGUGCGGCUCCAAGGAUAAUCUGAAGCACACGCCCAAAGGAGGCAAUGUCAUGAUCCCAAGUGUUAAACUGGACUUUAGCCACGUUCAGUCUAAAUGUGGCUCCCUGGACAAAAUCCAGCACACGGCCGGAGGAGGAAAUAUCCAGAUCCAGACCAAGAAGAUCGACGUGAGCCACGUCACCGCCAAAUGUGGCUCAAUGUCCAACAUCCGCCACAGGCCAGGGGGCGGUCAAGUGCGCAUUGACAAUGUGAAGCUGGACUUUAAGGAUAAGGCCCAGCCCAAGGUCGGCUCGCUGGACAACACCAGCCACACUCCUGGGGGGGGCAACAUUAUGAUCGAGAGCCACAAGCUGACCUUCCGGGAAACGGCUAAAGCCCGAGUCGACCACGGUGCAGAGAUCGUCGUCACCCACUCCCCCGGCGUGGAGACGGGAGGCACCUCCCCUCGCCUGUCCUCCGCCGGCAGCAUCAGCCUCCUGGAGUCACCACAGCUCUGCACGCUGGCCCAGGACGUCACCGCCGCUCUCGCCAAGCAGGGCUUAUGAGCUGGCUGCUCCCGCUUCGGUUACCCACAAAAAAAAAAGAAAAAAAAAUCCACAGCAUCACUCCCAUCAGUCUCAGUGUUCUCCCAGCAUUCCUCACACACCCCACCCCACAGGCUGUUGUAGUUGAUUGACUGUCUCGUCCGUCAACGACCCUUCCACACAUUCCAGUGGGAUUUUACUCUUUAUUUCUUCUUCAUUCCGCUCAUACGGACUUUUCUGUUUAGUUUCAGGCCGAGUGCUCCGGUUCGACUGGACGUGCGUGUCGAUGAGAAGAGUCGAUGGUUUUACGAUUGUACAGUGAUUAUUUUUUAGCUUGAAAAGCAUCACCACAUUCCACGUGUACGGGGGAAACAUUUAACUCCAUCCAGAAUUUAUACGGUACCGAAUGCAAGAUAUAGAAACUAGAAACUAGACGGGAGUCUUAAAGAAACACGUAUGGUUGAUGAGCAUGUCUGCAAAAAAAAGUGACAUUUGAAGUCAAACGACAUGAAAUGUUUUGGGUUUGUCGGUUGGAUUUUGAUCGUAUGAUUUCCUGAUAUGUGCUGAAUCGUUGUUCUGUUUUCUUUUUAUAUAUAUAUAUAUAAAUGUCACUGUAGUGGAAGUUGUCCCUGGUUUUGUAUGUUCCCUGUGGCUGCUCUGGCUUAUUAGCACCUCAGCGUGGAUAACCACAGCAGUUAUGUGAGUCAAGUGCUAAAAGAUUAGCUUUCCAAUAGAUCCUCUCUUGUUUUACUUCUCUCAAACCAAUAGGCUGCUCUUUUUUUAAUUUUUACGUUUGCUUCGUGGUUUCAUCAGGCUACAACAACGCUGUUAUGCUGGCAUGGCCAAUAAAACAUAAAACUACAUCUGUUUGGAGAAAUUUAAAACUUUUCAGUGUCUUUACUUCAGUCUGCUCCUGUGACUUGUGUCCUUGUGCAGAAACUGGGUCGUAUGUUUGUGAAAGACUAGAAGAGAAAGAGGAAAAAGGGGAAAGCAAGAAGCUUUAUAUGAGAACACUUGUUUUGACAGAGCAGCUUCGUGGCCCUUUUGUGUGAUUGAACCGAAAACGACCAAGACCCUCGACUUCAAGCUGUUAGAAUUCAUAAAAAAAAGAUUUAAAAACAGGAACAUAUUCUCUGCUCUCCGUUGUGAAACCCCUUCUGCCCCGAUGUCCGCUCCCGCCCCCCCCCACAGUGUUUUUCUGUGCUUCCAUCCUCUUGCCCCCGUGCUCCCCAGCGCCCCCUUCUGCCUGUGUAAAGUGUAUUUAAAAGACCAUGUAGAUGUGUGCACACUUUCUGAUGUUCUGAUGACAAGCGCUCCUGCAGGAUGACGACAACACAAAUAAAGAAAAUAAAAACGGA